CGUCUGAUAUCACUUUCUUCUCUCUCUGUGUUUCUGAUUCGACGCCUGUUGUCACUCUCUCUCUCAAGCUUUCCCUCUGUAAAACUUCGGUCAAGUUGCUCGGUUAUUAAGAAACCCUACGAACAGUAGUGACCUACGAUGAAGAUCCGCAAUCCAUUCGUUAAGCUAGAUGCCUGAUUAUGUGGACUAUGUUGGCGGUUUUAUUGACUCCACUCAGAGUUGUCAGCCUUUUAGAAGCAAAUGGUUGGGUAACAUUUUAGGAUUCUUUCAUAAUUUGAUUGGAGAAAGUAGGGGUCAUCAUUCAGCUUUUGAGGCACCAAUGGAACUUAUAGAUAUUAGUUCAUCUGAUAGUGAAUUGGAGAUAGAAGAUGUUAGAGGAAGGCAUUCAUCACCUAUAAGGGAAUCAGCAAAUAGGGUUCUUCCAGCAUGGCCAAAUACACAUGACACCAAUUCAAGGAGUACAGGUUCUGUUGCUCAUAAGAUUCCUUUUACAACAGCAUAUGCAUCUAAUGGAGGCUCAUCAAAUUUAAAAGACCACUCACUGAAGAAACACCAAACACUUCCUGGUUCCAGCAGUGACAUUAGAGCCUCAAAUCAGCUUAUUUCUCAAGCAGAAGAUUCUAAAUAUUUAACCGGGAAUGGGAGUUUUGGUCAGCUUCGCACUGUUAAUUCCCAAAUUGCUAAUGUUCCUGGAACAAAUUAUGAGAAACUCUCAUCUGAACAGGCUCUUAAGAGGACACUUCCAUCAUCUCUUCAGCCAUCUGCACCAAUCAAUAAAUCAAAUAGUUCCAUGGAGAAUAUAAGCAGUAGUAAGAUAGGCGACUUUCAAAGAAACUCUUAUCAUCCAGCAGGGCCAAGCUCAACGUCAAACAAGGGUUAUGCAAACAACCUUUAUAACAGUGACAACACUGAUGAGAUUCUGAUGUUUGAUAGCAGUGGAAGUCGAAUCAUACCUUCAUCUUUGACACUUGGAAAAUCUUCUUCCCCUGCACAAUUUGCUGGGUCAAGUGAUCACGCUUAUCGUUCAGUGGCUGGUGAAGAAAGGAAUGCUGAAAGUGAUGAGAGACUAAUUUAUCAAGCUGCACUAGAGGAUCUCAACCAACCUAAAGUUGAAGUUGAUCUUCCUGAUGGUCUUUUGUCUGUUUCCCUUUUAAGACAUCAGAAAAUUGCUUUGGCAUGGAUGUUACAGAAGGAAACAAGAAGUUUACAUUGUUUGGGUGGAAUUUUAGCUGAUGAUCAGGGCCUCGGUAAAACCAUUUCAGUGAUUGCUCUUAUUCAGAUGCAGAAGUCUUUGCAAUCGAAAUCAAAGUCGGAGGAUUUAUGUGAUCUCAAGACUGAAGCACUGAAUUUGGAUGAUGACGACGAUCAAAAUGGCAGUGCUGGUAUGGAUAAAGUCAAGCAGGAUGGAGAGUCUGAUGAUAUUAAAUCAAUUCCGGAAGUGAGUACUUCGAUGAGGACAUUCAGUAGAAAGAGGCCAGCGGCUGGUACUUUGGUUGUAUGUCCAGCGAGUGUGCUUAGACAGUGGGCCAGGGAGUUGGCUGAAAAAGUUGUGGAUGAAGCUAAGCUUUCCGUCCUUUUAUAUCAUGGAGGUAGUAGGACGAAGGAUCCUGUUGAAUUGGCAAAAUAUGAUGUGGUUCUGACAACAUAUGCUAUCGUUGCAAAUGAAGUCCCUAAACAACCUCUCGUUGAUGAAGAUGAGGCUGAUGAAAAGAAUGGGGAAAAGUAUGGAUUAUCUUCUGCGUUUUCAACUAAUAAAAAGAGGAAGAAAACAUCUAAUGUUAGCAAAAGGGGGAAGAAAGGUAGAAAAGCAGAUGAUAGUUCCUCUCUCGAGUAUGAUUAUGGUGCACUUGCCAAAGUGGGUUGGUCUAGAGUUGUACUAGAUGAAGCUCAAACCAUAAAAAACCACCGAACUCAAGUUGCUAGAGCCUGCUGCAGCCUUCGAGCCAAGAGAAGGUGGUGCUUAUCUGGGACACCCAUACAAAAUACAAUUGAUGAUUUGUAUAGCUACUUCAGGUUUUUGAGAUAUGAUCCAUAUGCUGUAUAUAAGUCUUUUUACCAUACAAUAAAGAUUCCAAUAUCUAGAAAUUCGCUGACUGGUUACAAGAAGCUUCAAGCAGUUCUGAGGGCGAUAAUGCUGCGUCGUACUAAAGGAACAUUGAUUGAUGGGGAGCCUAUAAUCCAGUUGCCGCCUAAAUCAGUUUGCCUGAGCAAGGUCGACUUUUCAAAAGAGGAGCGGGCUUUUUAUACUCAGCUAGAAGCAGAUUCACGUUCUCAAUUCAAGGCUUAUGCUGCUGCUGGCACUUUGAACCAAAAUUAUGCAAAUAUCCUUUUAAUGCUCUUGCGCCUUCGUCAGGCUUGUGAUCACCCACUUCUUGUUAAAGGAUACAAUUCUGAUUCUGAUAGGAAAGUUUCUACUGAAAUGGCGAAGCAACUGCCUCGGGAUAUGCUGAUUGAUCUAUUGAAUCGAUUGGAAACUUCCUUGGCCCUCUGUCGUGUAUGCAAUGAUCCACCCGAGGAGCCAGUUGUUACAAUCUGUGGUCAUGUUUUCUGCUAUCAGUGUGUAUCGGAAUAUCUUACAGGGGAUGACAAUCAGUGCCCUGCUCGUGGAUGUAAAGAACAACUUGGGGAGGACGUUGUUUUUUCCAAAGCUACUCUCAGAAAUUGUAUUUCUGUUGAUGAUGUUAGUUACAUGGAUUCUCAAUUAGCUGCGAAAUCAAUUGUUACGCAGAAUGAGUACAGUUCUUCAAAAAUUAGGGCUGUUAUUGAGAUUUUGCUGUCACAGUGUAAAAUAAAGAGCCCAAGCUCAGGACUGCAUGGUUCUGCAGAAUGCAAUGGAUCUAGUGCUACAAUACACACAACUGUUUCUUCUGAUGUACCAUUUGAAGGACCGAUAAAGGCGAUUGUGUUUUCACAGUGGACUGGCAUGUUGGACUUAGUUGAGAUGUCCUUGAAACAGUAUGACAUACAAUAUCGAAGGCUUGAUGGCACCAUGACUCUAUCUGCAAGAGACAGGGCUGUUAGAGGAUUCAACAAUGACUCUGAGGUAGCUGUAAUGUUGAUGUCGUUAAAGGCAGGAAACCUUGGUUUGAAUAUGGUUGCUGCAUGUCAUGUUAUCCUUUUAGAUCUUUGGUGGAAUCCGACCACCGAAGAUCAGGCUGUUGAUCGAGCACAUAGAAUUGGACAGACUCGUCCUGUUACUGUAACUAGAAUCACCAUAAAAGAUACCGUGGAAGAUAGAAUAUUGGCUCUUCAGGAGGAGAAGAGAAAAAUGGUUGCAUCUGCUUUUGGUGAGGAUCAUAGCGGUGGAACAGCAACUCGCUUGACAGUGGAAGAUCUUAAAUAUUUAUUUAUGGUCUAGCACUGGACGAGCAGUUGCUUGGUUUUUGGGACUUGCAUGUUUCUUACUAGAAAGUUCGUCUUGGAGAAGGAAGUAGAAGAAAAUCAAAGCGAAUUUUGCUGACGGAACUCAACCUAAUAUUGGGCUGCACUUGAGCAUCCGUGCUGUGGUAUAACUUGGAUCUGAUGAUGGCGACAUUUUGCAAGUUUAGAGGUCUACAAGAUUACAAUGGCAUUUUUGUUCUCAUCAAGUGCAGAUAUAGCAAACAAAGUCCACCUGUAAAUAUUUUAGUUAUUUAUAUGGUGUGUUUUGAACGUCUAAUUUAUUAGACGGUCUUCUUGUUAAAUAUAAUAUACUAGUAGUUAUCUGCAUU